GCCAGCAGCAUCGCCAUCCCUCUCAACUCUCAUCCAUCCCCUCUCUGACUCCCCCAAUAAAUGAGAAGCAGAGUCCCUCUCCCUAAGAAAGAAGACAGACAGAGGCCCUUCCACCAACUCUCAUGGCGACCACUCUCCAUCUAUCAGGCUCCUGUGCCCGCAUUGCCCUCCCCCUCUCUCGCAGCCACGCUGAAUCUGUUGCACCCGCCUGCCCAGCUCCACCACCUCCCCUGCCUCAUACUGCUCCUUUCUUCAACAGGCUGCCUCCGCCUCGCCCUCUCCUAUCCCUCAGAAAGCUGCAGAACGCCUCCCCUCCGCUGCUGCUGUCGAAAACCAGAGCCGUCGCUAGAGAAUCAAGCCCUAAGGAGACGACGGAGAAAUGUGGAACUGCUGAAGGAAAGUAUUACUUUCUGGUUGCCAACGCCAAGUUCUUGUUGGACGAGGAAGAGCAUUUCAAGGAGGUCCUGUUCGAGAGACUCAGGCACUUGAACGAGCGAAAGAAGGAGCACGACUUCUGGUUGGUGGUGGAGCCAAAGUUCUUGGACAAGUUCCCCUCUCUCACCAAUCGCCUUUUGAGGCCCGCCGUUGCUCUGGUCUCCACUGAUCCUGGCUGGAUCUCUUUCGUUAGGCUGAAAUUGGAUCGAGUUCUAUCUUCGGAGUAUGAAGCAGACAGUCUCCAAGAAGCAUUGGCUUGCAAUCCGACAGAACUUCGCUUCCCACCCCUGAAAAAGUGGGAAGCACCUUAUCCCAAAUAUGAAUUUGGAUGGUGGGAACGCUUUUUCCUACCAAGCAAGACCGACUCUCAAAACUAGAUGAUACAACUCUUCUCCUUUAACGUAUUCAGUGGGCAAAAUUUUCCUCUCCCAUCUCCCAUCUUAUUAUGUUUUUCCCCUUUUGGUUUUUCGAAUUCUACUAGUUUGUCAAUCCCUUUUCCAUCGAUUUCUCAAACUUUAUAUCAACUGUAGACAAGUACCUGUAAUUGGAAGGGCAAAGGUUGCGGCCGUUUGGUGUUCUGCAUAGCA